AUGAGAGCACUGGAACGCAUGGAGAGGGAGAGCAGUGAACGCGUGAGGCCGCCUUAUGAGCUGGGCUGCUGUUUUGAGGGCACCACAGGCUUGGCGGGCGCGGCGCGGCUCAGCGGGGGUCCGAAUGGAGCCGGAGCCCGAAUUAAUGGCGCCGCCGCUACGGGGAAAGAGGACGGGGCGUCGGAGGCCCUCGCGGCAGCCCCGGAGGAGGCGGCCGAGAGCCGUUCGGAGGAAGAUCUGGAGGCGGCUAUGGCGGUGGAGGAGGAGAGACAGGACGAAGGAGUAAAGGGGGACGGUGGAUGGGUAGGGGAGCCCCUCCCGCCGGUGCUGGGCGGCUCUCAGCCCCAGGAAGAGGCAGGCGACGCCCUGAGCCUAGGAGAAAGCAGCGAAAGCGACGACAGUGGAGGGGGCAGCUGCAGCGAUUACGGGGACCAGGACAAGCCGGGAACGGCCCUGCAGCGGCUGGUGCCAGAAGGGGACGUGCGUUUCCCGGAUACCUUCCAGACAAACAAUCUCCUGUUCUAUGAGCGAUUCAAAGCGUACCAAGACUACAUGUUGGCUGACUGUAAAGCCUCGGAGGUGAAAGAAUUCACAGCCGAGUACUUGGAAAAGGUCCUCGAGCCAUGCGGGUGGCAGGCAAUCUGGCGUACCAACGUAUUUGAGGUUCUGGUGGAGGUGGUUGACAUGGAGUACUCUUCUCUGAAGGCCGUGGUGCGGCUCGGCGACCCUUUCUUGUGCGAGAACAAAGGGGGUGCCUUCACUUUGGAGUGCUUGCAGGAAUUGCUGGCCCUCAAGGGGCAUCAACUGCCAUUGCAGGAGCUGUGGGUCGUGUUCGAUGAAUCGGGGGGGUUUGACCAGACGGCCCUCGCUGUUGAGCACGUCAGGUUUUUCUACCAGCACAUUUGGCGGAGCUGGGACGAAGAGGACGACGACGACUUUGAUUACUUUGUCAGAUGUGUCGAGCCUCGCCUCCGGUUGUACUACGACAUCUUGGAAGACCGUGUCCCUUCUGCCCUCGUCGCAGACUACCACAGCCUUCUGUCCCAGUGCGAAGAGGUUUACCGCACGUUCCUGGACCUCCGGAACAGCCUCUCGGGCAGCGAUUCUGAGUCCGAAGUGGAAAGCAUCUCCGUGGUGGAAGGGGUGAAGCUCUACGACAGGAUAGACCGCUUGAAACAAAAGCUGAAGCUCAUUGAAAAUCCUCUCCUGAGGUAUGUGUUCGGCUAUCAAAAGCGUGCCGGUCUUCAGCCAAAAGGAAUCCGGCCGGCCGGCACCACCAUCACACACGUCGUGUCUGCCACCAUGAUGUCCAGCCUCUUGGCCUGUCUCCUCAGGGAGAAGCUUUCUCCAGCCUCUUGUAAUGAAGAAAUAGAAAUACAGUUUCACAGCGAUCCACUGUCUGCCAUGAAUGCUUGUUACAAAGGGGACAGGAUCAUCAUUUGUCCCGGUCACUAUUUAGUUGACGGAACGUUGUACGUUGCGGAUUCUGUCGAACUGGAAGGCUAUGGCCUCCCGGACGAUGUUGUGAUAGAGAAGCGAGGGAAAGGAGACGCUUUCGUUGAAUGCACGGGAGCGGACGUGAAGAUCUCCAGCGUGAAGCUAAUCCAGCACGAUGCGGUGGAAGGCAUCUUAAGCGUUCACCAAGGGAAAACCAUGCUUGAGAACUGCGUCUUGCAGUGUGAGACAACAGGGGUAGCUGUUCGAACUUCGGCUGAGCUUGUGAUGAAAAAUUCGGAUUUAUACGGGGCUAAGGGUGCCGGUGUAGAAAUUUAUCCAGGGAGCACGUGUACCUUGAUGGGGAACGGCGUACACCAUUGCAAAGAGGGAAUCCUCAUAAAAGACUUCUUGGAAGAACAUUAUGAGGUUCCCAAGAUCACCCUGGUGAACAAUGUGAUUCAUAAUAAUGAAGGAUAUGGGGUCGUCUUGGUGAAGCCCGCUGUCUCGUCUGAUGCAACAGAAGGCACUCCGGCAAACUCUGAAGGAAAGACCGACGAUGUCCAGGCCUCUGGCGAAGUCGCCGGCAUAGUGGGUGAGCAAUUACACCAACGGGCAAGUGGGGGAUUAGACUUCUACGCAGGAGGGGACGCCUCGGAGCACGCAAAGGGCAAUUCCGAAAUCGCAAACGAACUUUCGGCCGCGUCUCUGAAGAAGAAGCAGCUGUGCAAGAAAAGGCUGAGUCACCUGGGCAUCACGGAGGCGGACGACAACUUGAUGUCUCAGGAAGUGUUUGUGUCCAUCGUGGGCAACCAGUUCAGGCGAAACGGGAAAGGCAGCUUUGGCACGUUUCUUUAUUGACUUCCGGGAACAGCCCUAAGAGCAUCUGUCUUAUUCCAGAGGACUUAAGAGAAUCCCAGCGG